AUGGGGACGCACGGAGAGUUAGUAGCGUUCAACAGAAACUAUGAUGACGUGCUCUUGCUAGAUUCAGGUUUUGGAGUUUCAGAAAAUGAAUCAGCGAUAUCAUUUCGUUAUGAUUCUAUAGAAAAUCAAACAUUACCAAAGUCUAGUUCGGAUGGGAUUGGUGUGACGGAUGAUAAAAUCAUGACGAACUCGUGUGAAUCUGAUAAAACGUCCAAGUUAAAUGAUAACAAUGAUAGCUCUGGGGUUUUUCUCGAUGCUGAGAUUCGAGAAAUUAUCGAAAAAAUAAUUAACAAUGUCGUUAAUAAUGAAGAAAAAAUUGAGACAGCAGCAAAUAGUGAAUCCGAAAUUUUCAAAACCGUUGUUAAAAGAGAUGACGACCAACUCGUUAAACAAAGUUCAUAUCAUGUCAAGUUUAUGAAUGAGAAAAGAAACGAAAAAGUCGAUCAAAAAACUAAAUUAACUUGCGACAGAGCUCUGGAAAUUCUGGGGCUCUAUAAAAAUCAGAAUGAAAAUGACAGUAGUAAAAUAAAUAAAAAUCCUUCAAAAACAUCAAUCAAAUCGCUAGAACCAUCUGAUAAACUUGAAUCCAAAACAAAUCAGCUGAAGUCUAUUCUGAAGUCAUCGAGCAAAACAAAUUUAUCGCUAAGUAAUCCCGAUUUAUUUAGAAACUCCGUUCGCGAGGACAGUGUAAACGAAGGGGAACUCCUUUCAAGAAACGACAACCCCCAAUCUCAUUUGAAACUUUCCGAGAAAGAAACUACUAGUAGGGGAAAUCUUCCGGUAAGAAAACUAUCAGCUCCUGUUUUUGCUUCAGAUAAUGAAUUCAACGCCGAGGACAAUUUCGAAAAAGAAAUUAGUUUGGAUGAAAGAGUGGAAAAUUUGUUGAAAAUGAUAAACGAAUGCGCACAUGUAAGAAAUAAUGAUAGCGCGAGCAGCAAACCAAACUAUGAAUCUUCGCCAUUGAGUGGGUUGUCAGGUCUGAAUAAGUUAACCCUCAUGUUGCAGCAGUUGAGCAACGCCAGAGAGGACAACAGAUACUUACGUAGCAAGUGCUCUUACUUGGAAUUUAAAUACAGACCUAACUACAGACGCAAAUUCGGUGAUAAGACGUAUUUCGAUCCGAAUAUCCACGGUAGAAGUGAUUAUUUGUUGGAAUCACUUCUUCUAGAACAUGACCAAUUCCAAAACAAAACUUCAAGUUCGCAACAGAAACUUGACGUAAAAAGAACAAAUACUGAUCCAGAGAGUAACUUGAGAAGUGUAGAUUUUACUCCGAAAACGGACACCAAGCGAUCAAAAAAAUUUCAAAGCAGAUGGGAGCAAGUUAAAAAAGUUUUUACCUCCUCCCAAAAGAAAGACAAUCCGCUCUUUAAAGACGUCCAUUCGAGCAAAUCUAAAAUGUCCUCGGAAAGAAAAUACAGCAAGAGUGGAAGCAUCAAAAUUGAAAACUUAUGUAUUCCGGAGGUUUAUUUAACAACGGGAAAAGAUGAAACUGAGAUGGAAUUUGGUCAGAAGGUUACUAAAACUGAAUUCAAAGAAAAAUUAUCAACAGAUGAUGACUUGAGUUUAGAUAAACAAAAACAAAUACCACCCGCAAAUGAUGCGAAAGUUAAAAAACCUAUUCACAAAGUUGAAUUUCUGCUAGCCGAUCCAGUUCAAGAGCAGAGCGGCGAUGAUUCUGAAUUCGAAGUUGUGCACAAAUUUAACGAAAAUCUCGAUUUUAAAAUUCGCCAUGCCGUUUCUCCUGAUAAUUCUUCCGUGAUAUCUUUUGAGGAGGUUAACAUCAACUGCAAUCCUGUGCAAACCAUCGUGCCAGAUCAACAAGCAGAUAAGAAGAAAGUGCCUGAAAAACGAAACUCUGUCGUCAGUAACGCGAAGAGAAAAAGUCUCGAGGAGCAUGAAAAACAUUAUUCGCACUCGAGUUUCAAAACAAAAGAUCACGAAACUGAAGCACAAAGUUUGAAGAACGAGCGUGCAAUAACAUCAGAGCAGAAAUCAAACUCAUCAACAAACCUGUCACGGUCAUUUUCGUCAUCAGCCGGAAGAAAAACCUGGGAGAAAGUUAAAGGUUUUAUUCACCCUAAAAAACACGAUUCAAAAAUAAAAAAUAACUCAAAAAGUUUAGAAAAAAUCACACCUAAAAUCACAAAAGAUCAUAAAGAAAAAUCUUAUUCGUACUACGAAGUAAAACCAGAUAUCUUAACGAAAUCAGCUAGUCGGUCUGUGGAAAACAUUCAGCCAACGCCUCUCGCAUCAGAUCAUCUCACUGGCUUUCCAGCCCCGCUUGCACGUUCGAGAUCUGAGAGAAUCAAACGAUCUACAAACAAAUUCAAGACAGCCGUUGCCAGAUUUGCCUCGCCGAGUAGGUCGCGGAACAGCAAGGAAGGAUCCUGGGAGAAAUGCUCCCCGACCCGACAUCGGGCGUCCUUCACUUCUUACAUAGGCCUCUCGCCCGACCAAUUCAAAUACUUGGAUUACGACAAAUACUAUCAGAAUAUCAAAUCUAAAAGCAAUUUCACUGACUGUAGUGUAGAAAAAAAUUAUAAAAGCAGCUCAGACGAGAAAAACAUUUUAGCUGGUGCCAAAAUCGAGAGUGAUAAAAAUAAAUCAGAUAAAACCAAGAAGGUGAUCGCUGGAGUUGAGAAAAAAACUAAAACUGUCUUUAAUGCUGAUGUCCUGGGUGGGAAUGAAGGUGAAGAUGAAGAUGAUGGUGACGACGACGACGACGACGAUGAUGGUGGUGGUGAAAUUGAUGAAGAUCGAAAACUAACUGGAGGUAAUUUCUCACUUCUUAUCUCUAGAUCUUCACCAAAUAAUAAUUUGUUUGAUUUAAUAAUUAUAAUCGUAUAUAUUAUGUCGUUAUAA